AGAAAGGUGCCGUGAAAAUAUACUCUUAUGGAGCACAGUUUUGUUUAUAAACUAUGACUCUAGGUGUUUGCAUUUGUCAGUGUUUGUGGGUACGUGAUCUAGGAUUUAAAUGAAAGGAUAUUUUUAACUUUAAAAUGGCGCCAGGUAGAAGAAGUAAUGUGGACAGGAGCUCGAUCAACCCGUGUUUAAAAUACUUCAUUUUCUUGUUCAAUUUUGUUGUGUUGAUUGUUGCCUUAGCCACUGUUGGCUUGACGUCUUGGAUCAUCCAUGAAAAGAAUAAAAAGAUCAAUUCCUUCAUAGACGUAGUUCUAGAUCCCAGCUUAUUGCUUCUCAUAGUGGGAUGUCUCGCUACUCUCAUUUCUUAUUUAGGGACCAUGGGGUCCCUCCGUGAAAACCAAUUCAUGUUAACAGUAUACUCCCAUCUCGUGACAUUUUUCAUAUUCAUUCAGGUAGUAGGUGUAGUGUUCGUGUUUUUAUUUUACUAUGACAAUAGUGUACUGAUCAGUCUAAAAAUAUACCCCGAGGACGUCUUCAAGGACGCAAUCACGAACUACAGAGACGAUGCCGACCAACAAGACUUCAUAGACGGCUGGCAAAAAGAGAUGGAUUGCUGUGGUUUUAGUAACGAUGAUGAUGGAUAUAAAGCCUGGGCAGACAACAUGUAUUACAACUGUUCAGAGGAUAAUAAAAGUGCAGAAAGUUGUGCCGUGCCCUGGUCAUGUUGUGUCCUUAAAGAUGGGGACAAGCUCAACUUACUUUGUGGAAGCGGAGCGUUAAAGAAAACGAGUACAGAGUUGUCAGAUCAGAUUUAUACAAGGGGCUGUCUAAAGGCCGUCAGGGAGUGGGUGGGGUCCAAUCUGUUUGUGUUUGGGUGUAUAAUCAUUGGGGUACUAGUCCCCCAGAUGAUGGCGAUUUGCUUUGCAAGAAACCUUAAUGACCAAAUAUCAAUUCAAAAAUCCAAAUGGAGGUACACAUGAACUUUGUGUGAGAGCUCUGAAGAGAUUUAAUUCUGACGAUGUGAUAUCAAUCAAAAGUCCCAGACAAUCUCGCUAUUGAGAUGAACUUUUUAAACACAAUCAUGUAUAAGUCUUAGCAUUAAUUAUUGUGGUAUGUACAUGUUAAAAAAACGAAACAUUACUAAACACUUUAAUUACCCGUGAGAUUUUUUUUGUUUUAAAUUCACAAUCAAAUCAUGUGUUCUGAAUGGAACAAUUCGUAUCUAAAAUUUAUACAUAUUCUCACUGUUCAUGAUUUACUUGGCUUUAUAUAUAUAUAUAUACCAGCAAGAAAGGGGAAUACCUGCAGACUAUAGAGUAACUUUUAUUUCUCUCCACAACUUUUUAGUUUUUAGCUUGGACGGAGAUCUGUUGACCUUUAAGUAAAUGUCAUAACAUUACCGAUUGUGUCUGCUGCUAAUAAUAAGGGACAUUGCAAUGUAUUUACAUUUUAUUUACAUACAGUGUGUAUCAUUUUGCCUCUGAACAGAAUUUUGUUUAAAAACAUCUGAAGAAAAAAAGAAAGAAAAAUAUGAUAAAUCUCUACCAUACUUUUUUUAAAAAUGUUAUUUUUAUGAAACAUUGAUGUUUUUGAAUAAAAACAUUGAAAAUGUCCAUACGUAUAUUAAAAUGAAAUGUCGUACCCUU